AUGCUUAUAAAUUUCAAGAAUAUAUGGAAUCGCCUUUUACCCCAUAUUGUACGAACAAAACCAAUGUCUGACUUGUGUGAUAUGUGUCAGAAAAAUAAUGCUGCUGUUUAUAGAAGUGCUAAUUUACCUGAUGUCGUUAAACGAGCUAAACUUAAAAAACAAUUUGAACAUUUAGAAUUGGUUUCUAAGGAAAGAUCUUUAUAUCGAGAUAUGGUUUCACAAUGCAAAAAAUCUGUUGAAAAUUUAACACUUGGUUCAAAUACACAGUGUUCAAGAAAUAUUAAUGUACAUUAUUCAUUUGAUUAUGCACAGCAUGUGCACUAUCCUUCUAACCCUCUACAGCCAGGUCCAAUGUACUUUCUAGUACCAAGAAAAUGUGGAAUAUUUGGUGUUACAUAUGAAGGCAUUCCAUCUCAGGUGAAUUACCUUAUCGAUGAAGGCAUGUGUACAGGAAAAGGAUCAAAUGCUGUCAUUAGUUACUUACAUCAUUUUUUUAACACAUAUGGUUUAGGUGAACAACAUGCCGAGUUGCACUGUGAUAAUUGUAGUGGCCAAAAUAAAAACAAAUUCAUAUGGUAUUUAAUGUGGAGGACUCUACAUAAUUUUCAUUUUUCUAUUACAUUAAAUUUCAUGAUAACAGGACAUACAAAAUUUGGCCCGGACUGGUGUUUUGGUUUACUAAAACAAAACUUUAAACGUACUGAAGUAUCAUCAUUGGCUGAUAUGGUAGAAUGUGUUGAGAAAAGUUCAGUGACUGGUGUAAAUAUUCCACAGUUAGUUGGAGAUGAACAAGGAAAUGUUUUUGUAAAUGUGUAUGAUUGGCAAGAUUUUUUCGCACCAUACUUCAAACAAUUAAAUGGCAUCAAGAAAUUACAUCACAUGAGGCAGCAAGUUCAUCUGAUGGCACCGCGCUUUGACGUCAGACAUGGCACUGUCAUUCCGCAGCUAAGUGCCAAGUUUGGUGUCCGUUGGAUAAUUAGGCGAGAAAUGAGAGCGAAAAAGAUUGGUCAUUGA